CAAUUCCACACAGUUGGCAGGUCCCUGAACUGCGUUAGGGAGAGGAAGAGAGCGAGAGAGGGACAGAGAGAGAAUACUGAGAGGGGGGUACGGAUCCCAAAUCAUCUCUCUCCCAAUUCACCUUCUCAGAAACGUUCAGGAAUCCAGGAGGACCAGGAGGAGAACAUGAGAAGUACAAACUUUUAACUAAAAUACAUUCAGAAACUACGGCCUCUCCACCGUCCUCCACUUGAAACUUGAAGACGUGCACAAGCCCCAGGGGAAAGACUCUUUCACAGAACGCAGGCCACGACGACAAGUGACAUCCGUCCCUUCAAAGGAGGAAGCCCGGAUUUCACGCCUUGUCCCCCUGCAACUUCUUCAUCUUCCUCUUCAUCAUCAUGACUCUGCUGGCCUCUGAGAGGUCUCUCCUUAUCCGAAACAAGUUCCGUUCAGUACUGCAGCUGAGAAUACAGAACCGCAGGCAACAGAAUGAAAUCAGCGCAGACACUGGUGUGAAAGCAACCUGUCACUCCCAGCCUGGGGAGAAGGACAGAAGUGAUGCAGUGUGUGUGCCAGAUGACAGCGUAACCCGAAAGUCGCCCCCUAGUGGCUUGAGUACCGAAACUGCGCUCAGCACUGGCCAAGACUGGUGCGGAGGGGGAGGCUUGCGGCAGAAGAAAGCCCGGCUGGCGGAGGACCUCAGCGAGAAGAUCCAGCGCCGGCCAGGUCCUCUGGAGCUGCUGCACAAGCACAUUCUGCCCCUGGAAGCCAGUUCCAUUUCUUUCCCUCAGGCCUCUGAUGUCUUUGAAGAUGACAUCUCUUGCUCCUCCUCUUCCUCAUCUCCUGAGCAACUUGGGAUUCACCAAUCACCAGGCUUCUCCAUGUCGCCCGGGCUGGCAGGGGACCAAUCGUUAAGCGAUUUGUCGCCUGGUUCCACCCCCCUCAAUCACAGCCCCAACAACUUUCAGUGUAGCUUGGCUUUGCUCCCGGCAACCGAGGGCAUCAGCCAGCCAAUGACCAUGACCGUAGCUGAAUCGGACUCCAUGGCAACGUCCGGGAGAACGAAGAGCAUCUUCCUAACCGCUCAGACCACGCCCCUGCUGCCAAAGGUGGUCCAGCAGUCUUCAAGUCCACCCCCUCAGCCAACUCUCACGCCCCCUACCCCCUCCUCUCGAGUCGCCCGCUCCCGAAAACCCCGCGACUCCAAACCUAAAAUGAAGAAGCUGAAAUAUCACCAGUAUAUUCCCCCGGAUCAGAGGGGCGGCGCGGGGGGCGGGGCCGGUGGUGGGGCCAUUCACAGGAACGCUGCCCCGCCCAUCGACCCCGCCUACUCCCGCCUCCUGCAGCAACAGCAGGUGUUUCUCCAGCUGCAGAUUCUCAACCAGCAGCAGCAGCAGCAACAGCAGCAACAGCAACAGCAACAGCAACAGCAGCUCACUGUUGCACCAAGUGAUCAGCAGAUAGUGAGGUUUACUGGAGCAACACCACCGGCCUGCCCUCAGGCUGUCCCCACAGCAACAAACCCCACCCCUCCGGUGGACUCAAGCCCCGCCCACAAGCCUGAACUUCUUCCCCCUAACCUGGAUGACCUCACGGUCUCAGAGCUCCGCCAGCAGCUCCGCAAGCGAGGCCUCCCGGUGUCCGGCACCAAGCCCUCCCUCCUGGAGCGCCUGAGGCCCUAUCAGCUCCCCCGGCCCUGCAUCGCCCCCGCCCCCCUCUGCCAACCGGGGACCAACAUGGGGCCGUCCGGCCCCGCGCUACCCCUCAACCCCAACUCCGACCCCCCUGGCAACCCGCCCAGCCUCUACAUCCAGCCCGGCGGGGUCCCACCCAACGCCGCCGGGGGGGAGCGGCCCUUGGCAGGAAUCGGGUUCCUCGCUGGAGCCCCCGGCUCAGCCGCCGCCCUUCCUCUCCCUCCCGCUUCUCCCGCGUCCUCCGGCGCCCCCUGGAGGGCUGGCCAGGCAGCGGAGGAGAGGAGCGUGGAGAUGGAGAUGAGGGAGAGACUGAGGAGCCGGCCAAGGGACAGGGCAAGGGAAGGGUGCAAAGACAGGGCAGGACGCAGCUCCUGUGAGAAUGCCCUCCAUCCAUUCCUGCAACAGGAAACAGGACGUCUGAAGAUCAACUCAGAGGUCGAUGGAAAAGAGGUGCUAUUCACACAAGUCUUUUGCUGCCAGCCCUGUGAUGUGAUUGGUCAAGAUUUUGAGUUGCCAAUGCAGAUCACUGCCAGUCCUGUUCAGGCCCCUCCCAGCGCAAGGAGUCUUGAAGAGGAGCUACAAGAAGCCAUUCAGAGAGUCCAGAUGGCCCCCAGUCAGUCCAUUGAUGACAUUCUGGAUGAGCCUAUAAGCUGUGCCGAUGCUGCCUCCUCUGUCUCAGACCUUCAAGCUGCAGUGGCUGCUCUUUCUGGCUCCUCCACAUCUCCUGUCAUUGACCAAUCGCAGCCACCUGUUCACAUCAAAGAGGAAAACUUCCUGUCCUCCCCACUCUGUUCCUCCCUCCUUCUGGAGCUUCCUCCGUCCCCCUCAAGCAUCUCCCAAGUAGCUCCGCCCCCUCCUCCGCCUCCUCCUCCCAUCUGCACCACCCCUCCACCCAUGACUGCGUCCAGGAAGAGGCGAGAGGCUGCGACCUUUGACCCGGCCGACUGGUUGGAGUCCCUGACCUCCGGCCUUCGACCUCUGACUCCCCCCGCUGCCCCGUUUGUGGAAACCGACUUUGGCCUGGAUUCAGACCUCAACGUGAAUCGGGUUUUGGAUUUGAUGUGGAGCAGUGGUGAUGGUAGGACCCAGCUAGCGUGUGUGUAUGUGUGUGCGGGUGGGCGGAGGGCACAGUGCCACUCCCCAAAACCGGGCCACAGCCGUGAAGGAAUCUCACCAUUCAGGACUUCAUCAAAGACAAAUACUCCUGACUGGGAAAGGAUGGAGGAGUGAAAUGGGAUUCUGAGGUAGGCUACAAUAAUUCAGGGAGGGGAGCUUUGACAGUGGUGGGAACCUGUUGCUGUGUGGAAUCAUGGAGGGGAUAACUUGCAGGGAGGAGAUGGUUUGGGUCACCUCAGGUCUGCCUCAUGCGCUGCCCAGUUGAAUUGGAUGUUUAAAACAUUUGUUCAUUCACAUGACACUCAUCUGAACCUUUGCCCUCCCUGUCUACACAUGCAGCAGCCACCAUCUUGUUUCAAUUGGCCGUGCUGCUCCACUUCUGCAAAUGGUGAAUUUCUGCUGUAGAACCAAGAUAACUUCCUCAAUUUUCUGAAAGACCUGGCACAUGCCCCAGAUUUUAGUCAAAUAAUAACUGACUUACAGACUCUCCCCCUUUCCUCCCCCGCCCCCUCAUCCCAGCACAAGCUGAUUGCUCGUAGUGCCUGGUCAGUUAGAGUCAUGCUAGUGGUUGGGGUUUUGUGUGCGAUCCUGCAUAGUGUUGGGUCUGCCUGCUGUUCGUCCAUCCAUCCUCUCCUCUCCUCCUUUAUUUCACCCGCCUGUCUCUGUCCACUGCUGUGACCAAGCAGGAAGUGCGCGAGAGCGGGUGACUGCGGCUCUGCGUUCCACGCAACGUCGAGACGCAGACGCCGCUUUCCCCGACAGCGGUCCGCUUGGUCGGGCGCGGGCGGGGGUCGCCCUGGCGACGGGAGCUCAGAGCUGUUUUGGUGACAGCAAUGGCUGAGGACAGCACUCACAGACGUGCGCGCACGCAUACACUCGCGCAGUGAGUCGUGUCAGCUAUACAGAAAGUGUCUGUUAGACAGCUUCCAUUCAUGUACAUACACCAAAAUCUGUGUAAACGAUGUCAAUAUUCAAUUCAUAGCGUUAAUCACUGUGCCCUACUGGCGCUUGCCAUGUUUUAGGAAUCGUAUAGUGCCUUUGUGUGCCCACUGUGAGUUUGGCAUUAGGAUUACAGAAUGUUGAGGCAUUACAACUGGGCCUCUGUGUUUGCUGUGCUCAGAGUAUUCACAGGGGGCAAUACGGUACGAGGCUGCACUGGGUAUGAAUGCAGAUACGUGCUUCUUCUGAGGUUGCAAUCUCGGGUCUCAGCUGGGGAUCUAUGACUCACAGUAACACAGUGGAACAGCAUCUUUGGCCCGGCUCCGAGUCACGCAUUUUCCUUAAGACGGUCUUUCGUUCGCCAACAUGGCCAAAAUGGGUAUGCUUGGGUAAUGCAGUUUUUUUUUUUUUUUUCUUGAAAUGUGUGGCCUCAGUUCUCAGUCAAUGAUGUACGAGUCUAUGUCAUUGAUGCAGUGAGCCUGCAAUCAUGACAUGUAAUUGUGGGCCUGCUUCUUAAUAAGUCAUGAAUCAGCAUGCCCUAGGACCACAGUAACGGCUCAGUAACGGUUCUUUAAAUUCAGCAAUUCAAUCACAGUAACUUCCUCAGCUUCUGCCAUUUACUUGACUUAAGCCCCUGGAUAUCAAAAUGGUAAGUGCAAUAUAUGUGAAGGGUUCACCCCUUGUGAACUCCUACAGAUCUAUGCCGUGCAUCAAGAAAGAAAAUCUGACAUGAAAAAAUAAUAAACGUGUAAUUUCUUCAAAAACCCUACAAAAAAAUCUAUGCAAUUAUAAUCAAACAUUUUGGUCUGCAAAUGCUCUUAUAUUAAGAUGAAAUGCUGGAUAAUCACAGCAUGUGUUGGUGGUGCUUUUAUACUUGAUUUUGGCAUCUGUAAUUCCAUCUACAGUUUGUAUCUGUCCCUGUUUUUUCUUGCAUAGUACAGUAGUCCAAUAACCAAGACAUCCAUUUUUGACCAUACAUUUCCAGCCAGUGUUUGAGUUGUGCUUACAGACUGUCAUUUACCCACUACUGAUUAAUUUAUUGAUUAACUUAUUCAGGCGAUGUUGUCCAGGAAUUUUCAAAUUGUAUUCUGACUUUAGAAAUUAAAAAGUCUUAAUUGAUUUUGCAUCUCCA